AGCGCCAUAAUCUUAAACAAGAUGUUUGGUACGGGCAUCUUCGUCACCCCAACCGUUGUGCUUGCAAUAGUGAAUAGCAAAGGCGUUGCUCUCCUCCUUUGGCUUGUAGGAGGCCUUCUCACAUGGGCUGGUCUUGCUAUGUACCUAGAGUAUGGCAUUAGAUUUCCUCUUACCGGCGGCGAACUACAUUAUAUCGACCAUGUUUGGGCAAAGCCACCAUUACUUUUCCCCUAUAUGUAUUCAUUCAUGUUCGUCAUACUAAGUGGCAGCCAAGCAAACGCUCUCAGCUUCGGAAAGGCCGUGAUCAUCGCAAACACCCCUGAAGGUGCGAAUAUCGAUACUCGUUUGCAGAAGGCGUUCUCUAUCGCUAUCAUUGGCAUCGUCUGUCUGCUCCAAGCCUACUCGCGCGUGAACUACGUCCGCUUCAACAAUAUAUUUGCUGUUUAUAAGAUCCUACUUCUGACGUUCCUCACUAUCACCGGGUGGUGUGCCAUUGCGGGAAAACGAUCUGCAUCGGCGGCCGCGAGCGGAAAACCAUACGGUAUCGAGAAUUUGAAAGCGAAUGGCUUCUCCCAAGCCGAGGACCACCUGUAUGGCUUUGCACUGGCAUUGUUGAGCAUCAUGCGGGUCUUUCUUGGAUAUGAAAAUGCAAAUUUUGUUCUCGAGGAAGUCCGCAGGCCCCCAGGUGAUGAGUCCCGUGUCUAUAGAAGGGCAUCUAAGUUCACAGUGCUCGGUGUCACGUUCUUCUACGUGAUGGUGAAUAUCGCCUUCUUCCUGUCUUUUCUUGCUCAAGUAACUCAUGGUCUUACGUCCUUUCAGGUCUUUGGGCCCAACCACCAAACCCGGAAGGCGUCUGGAAUUAUUCAAGCUAUAUCCGCUUCUGGGAACAUUAUGUCUUAUACCUACGCUAAUGUAAGAGUGAAACAAGAGAUCGCGCGUCUGGGCAUCAUCCCAUGGCCUGAGUUCUGGGCUAAGACGACGAACCGUGGAGAGCCAGGCCCAGCACUUCUCCUAACCUUCAUAUUUACGAGUAUCAUGAUUCUCGCAGCACCUCUCCAGAACGCAAAUGGAUACCUUGUUAUUAGUACCCUCUUCACUUAUGCAAGAACAUGGGUUGGAUUAUUCCUAGGUGUCGGUCUUCUUGCAGCGCCUUGGUUGAAAGCGUUCAGAUACGGAACACAGCCUUGGAGGCCCCACGGUUCACGAUUAGGCCUUUGGACCCUUAUUCCCCUAGUAACGCUCUACACUUUGGGUAAUUUGUUCGUCUUGGUUUUCUCUUGGUGGCCUUCGGAUGUUCAGAAAUCUUUGAGAACCACCUCGCCCAUUGUUCCUUCCGUCGUUGGACCCAUACUUGGGACGGUGUUUCUGGUCGCUGGAGCCGCGUACUGGGUCUGGGACCGGCAUAUCUUAAUGUGGCUUGGCUACACAACCGAGGUUAUGGCAGAGAGGCAAGACGGGUCAGACCUUGAUGUGCAGAUGUACUUUCAUGUAAGCAAUGACGUGUAUUCGUGGUGA